AUGGAGCUGGAGCGAUCGACGCGACGGGCUCUGGAAGAGGCCGAGUUUUGGGAUUUGCCGGUGGAGGAGGCGCUGCGCUCCUUGAAGGCUCGUGGCUACCGCAGUCAGGAGCACACCAAGCGCAUCGCCGACGCCUUCGAGCGCCGCAAGUCCCGGCGGCGACCGGCCGCGGCGCCGAGCGACGCACCGCGAGCUCCGGUCGCUCCGUUCGCGGGGCCAGCGGGACCGGUGCUAGGACCUGUGGCGCUGACAGGCACAGGCUUGGGCAAAGGACCCUGGCUUGAACAGCGACUCCCAAAGCCACAGGUAGCGUCCAUCCAGCUGCACCUCAGCGACGACCUCAGCGAACAAGAGGCCCAGCGCUUCCUCCAGGCCGCCGCCCAGGCCGCAGGCGUCGACCCUCGACGCCUGCGCCUCAAAGGCGUCUCGCGCACGGCCGCGGCGCCGCCGGUUUUGGAAAGUGCAGAGACCGUCAAUCCGACACAUUUCUCUACCGCGAUGGACGAAGAUGAGAUGCAACUCCUCAAGGAGGCGAUGGAGACCAUCAAGGGAGACAACCAAAAGCUCCGCCGGGCCUUACAAGCCUCUGAAGAUCGAGCCUCCACCCUCCAGAAGCAGCUGGCAGGUCGAAUGAUGACUGACAAGACGGCCAUCCAGCAGGCCUCAGGCUUGGCACAGAUCCUCGCGGGCAGGCAAGAAAAACUGCGCGUGGUGAUCUGGAUAGCCACUCACUUGGCACAGGAGACCGCCUAUGCCCAUGCCCGCUAUUGUUUGUCAGUGUGGUCACGCCACGCGUUGCUGCAACGACAGGGUCGGCACAAACCUGAGUCAGCGGACAAGGAGUCGCCGGUGGUGGAUCAGUCUUCAGCCAUCUUGCUUCAAGAAGACCAUUUGAAGCGUUGCCGAUCGCUGGCCAACUGGUCGGCCCGGCGACAGAGCCUUCUAAUUGGUGAGCAGGCAGCCUUGAAAUGCCUCUCUGCCUGGCGGAAGUGCGCCUUCGCCCGGUCGCGGGAGCGGAUGGCGCAGUGGGCGGCGAAGGAACUGGAGAGGCAAGCGAAUCAUGGUUUGCUGCUCUACUGCUUCUUUAGCUACCGGCGCUUCGUGAAGGGCCAACGGCGCCCUGGCACCCUGCUGAACGAGGAAGAUGCCCCACCUGACGGAUCGCAUCGCGAGGAGCUCAGCCUGCUGACGCCAGCCGCGUUAUGUAAGGCGGCCUUCCACCAGAAUGCCAGCCGCCGACUCCGGUGUGCCACCAUUUGGUCGGCCUGGAGAUCGGCGGCCUACGACCUGCGACAAGACCGCGUGGCCGUUGCUUUGCAUCAUCGCUUUGAGCAGGAGCAUGACUUGAUGGACCAGCGGAUCGUCUUCUUCCGAGAUGUUGUGGUGAAGGAGAAGCUGCGAAACCAAGCGACACUCCUCCUCCGGUGGACCUUCGACGCACUCAUGCGGUGCAUUGUCAUGGGGAGACACAAAGCACGGAGCCAACGAAAGGAAGAGGAGCUCCAGAGCAUGUUCACGGAUGCUAAGCGUACGAUGGAUCAUGUGUCCAAUCGGACGAUCGCGAUCCUUGAGAGAAGGUGUCAAGAUCCAAGGCCUUGGACCUUGAAGCUACUGCUGCACCUUUGGGUCUUGCACACCGAGAAUUCCAAGGAGCAGUUCCAGAAGCAGGCUGUGCAACACCGCCUGGAUGAAGCACUAGCCGAGGUGGCCGUGAUCUCUCGGCGCUUCGGGGUGCCCAAGGUCCAAGCCAAAGAGGAGUCCAUCACUCCACUAGAAGAGUUUGAAGCCGCUGGGCGCGCAGCUUUGAGCAUCUAUGGGCAACGGCGGCAACCGGGGAAUGAUCCAAGCCCAUGGGCAUCUUCUUCCGUCUAUGCGUCUUCUGACGGCCCCAGCUUGCCGAACAACAAAGACUUUGCAAGCACGGCCUAUCUCCAAAAGGCGAAAGAACCAGGACCCCUGGAAGCGCCUGCCUCCAUGUCCAUUGGCACCAAUUCAGCACUCUGGGCUCAACUGGACGAGCUGGAUGGGCAUAUGGCAAACAUGUCAGGAAGAAUCUGA